AAGCUAACCAAUUAUGGAUUCUCUUCUUCUUCAACUCCCAACAACAGUGAUGUUCUUUUCCUUCUUGGUAUUUCUUUACUACUUACUUCAAUGGAGGUCAACGAAUCCAACAAAGCUCAAUAAGAGUGGUAAUAAAAGGGUUCUUCCACCAGAAGCUGCCGGUGCAUGGCCAAUAAUUGGUCACCUCCCUAUGUUAGGUGGUAAUUCCCUUCCUCACAUUACUUUGGGAAACUUAGCUGACAAAUAUGGACCAGCAUUCACCAUUCGUUUUGGUAUGACACCUGCUUUGGUGGUAAGUAAUUGGGAAGUGGCAAAGGAAAUUUAUAGUACAAGUGAUAAAGCUCUUGCCAGUCGACCCAAGAAACUCACCACAAAGCUCAUCGGUUAUAACAAUGCUUUAUUCGCCUUCACUCAUUAUGGAACUUAUUGGCGUGAAGUCCGUAAGAUUUCCAUGCUCGAGCUUCUCUCCAAUCGUCGACUUGAUAUGCUUAAGCAUGUCAGAGCCUCUGAGAUCGAUGCCUUCAUAAAAGACACAUACAACAAGUGGGUUGUUGCAGAGAAGAAGCAAGAAGGUGGCCAAAACUUAGGAGUUUUGGUUGAUAUGAAGAAAUGGUUUGGAGAUUUGACAAUAAAUAUUAUUGUUCGAAUGGUGGCUGGGAAGCGAUACUUUGGACCGGAAACUACAAAAUCUGAUGCAGCGGAGGCGGAGAGGUGUCAAGAAGGAGUUAGAGAUUUUUUUCACUUUAUGGGUCUAUUUGUGUUGUCAGAUGCAUUUCCUUUUCUUGAAGGUUUGGACUUGCAGGGAUAUGAGAAAGCCAUGAAGAAGACUGCCAAAAACUUGGAUUCUAUAGUCGAUGGAUGGUUGAAGGAGCAUAAGCAGAAGCGAUUAUCUGCCAACAAGGGUGAUCAUCAAGACUUCAUGGAUGUUAUGAUAUCCCUCUUGGAGGAAUCAAAGCUCUCAUCACCAGAUUAUGAUGCUGAUACGAUCAUCAAAGCUAAUUGCCUAACUAUGAUUCUAGGUGGCAAUGACACUACUGUGGUUAGUUUCACAUGGGCACUCUCAUUACUGCUCAACAAUCCUCAUGUUUUAAAAAGGGCUCAAGCUGAGUUGGACAUGGUCGUUGGCAAGGACAGACAAGUGGACGAAUCAGAUAUGGCUAAAUUGGAAUAUCUCCAAGCAAUAGUCAAAGAGACGUUGCGUCUCUACCCUGCAGCUCCAAUUGCUGCUCAACAUGAAGCCAUAGAAGAGUGUACCGUAGCUGGUUUUCACAUUCCAGUAGGAACUCGUAUAUUGCCAAAUCUCUAUAAGAUUCAUAGAGAUCCAACAGUAUGGUCAGACCCAUUAGAAUUUCAACCAGAGAGGUUUCUAAAAAGCCAUUUGGAUCUUCGAGGUCAGCAUUAUGAGUACAUACCUUUUGGCUCUGGCAGGCGAAUGUGUCCUGGGAUUUCUUUUGCUCUUCAAGCUCUGCACUUGGGUUUGGCUCGUUUGAUUCAUAGCUUCGAGUUUGCAACUCCUUCCAAUGCACCUGUGGAUAUGACAGAGAGCCCAGGGCUGACCAACAUCAAGGCAUCACCACUUGAAGUCCUCCUUACCCCACGCCUUCCUCCUAAGCUUUAUGGAUAUUAAUCAAGGG